CGCUGCACUCGCCGCGCGCGCUCCUCCGGCUCGCCGCUCUCCGCGCCACCCUGCCCCGGCCGCGCUCCUGAGGGAUGGUACUGAAUCUCGCCGGCACAGGAGCCCCGCUGGAGCGCCCGCCCCGCGGUCUCGCCUCCCCGCCGAGCCGCCUGCGCCUCGGGACGCGAUGAAGACCUGGGCUUGCCUGCUGCUUUUGGGCUGCGUAUACCUGGCCCAUGCCCUGGCCGAGGGCCCCGAGAUCCCGCGCGAGGUGCUGGAGCGGCUCGCGCACAGUCAGAUCCACAGCAUCCGAGACCUGCAGCGGCUCCUGGAGAUGGACUCCGUAGGAGCCGAGGAUGCUCUGGAGCCGAGCCUGAGAGGCCCCAGGGUCCACGCAGCCAAGCCUGUGGCUGAGAAGCGGCUGGCACCCGUGCGGAGGAAGCGGAGCAUCGAGGAAGCCAUUCCUGCCAUCUGCAAGACCAGGACCGUCAUUUACGAGAUACCUCGGAGCCAGGUGGACCCCACGUCGGCCAACUUCCUGAUCUGGCCGCCGUGCGUGGAGGUCAAACGCUGCACCGGCUGUUGCAACACCAGCAGUGUCAAGUGCCAGCCGUCACGCGUGCACCACCGCAGCGUCAAGGUGGCCAAGGUGGAGUAUGUCAGGAAGAAGCCCAAGUUGAAAGAAGUGCAAGUGAGGUUGGAGGAGCACCUGGAGUGUGCCUGUGCGGCCUCCAGCCUGGGCCCGGAGCAGCGGGAGGAGGAGACCGGGACCCUCCUGUCCGUGGCCGGUGGCGUCCAUCCUCAGGGUUGCCUCAGAGCCCACGAUGGCUGUCAGAGCUCCAGCACUCACAUGCAAGGCCUGGGCUGGAAGAAGAAGAUGUGAGGUGAAGGCUCCGGCAGCCCUCUCCUGGGACACGAUGUGUGUGGCGUCUUACAUUCCCGACUAUUCUGUACGGUGCUUCCUGGCCAGCCUGCGGUCUCUGUUCUCCUCCGGGGGAGACUGUGGGGGACAGAGACAGUGACUGUGUGUCCGCGGCGGGGCAGCCAGAAGCCGCCUUGUCAGAGACGGACCGCGCGGCGGGGGCGGCACGCGCCCAGGCUCGGAUGGACACGCGGGUGACACGUGUGCGCGGGGCUCGGCUGGCCGCCGUGGCAGGGGCCGCAGGGCUUGGGCCGCUGGCCCGGACGCCGCCCAGUCUGUCGCAGCACCCCUCCCGAGAGCCUUAAGUGGAUUUUUUUUACACCAUAAAGUGAUUGUUAAGCUUCCCUUUGUACUCUCUACCUGGCUUUCCUUUCGUGGUUUGUUUUUGUUUUUAACGAUCUCGGACAAAGCGACAUCAGUGACACGCGAGGCCACGGCGGCCGGGGACGGCGUUUUCCUGCAGGACACAGACUAAUGACAUAUAUUACAAUAAAUGUGCUACAC